CCCGCCCCUCGACACGCCUGGACACAGUCGACAUGGCGUCGGGCAGACUGGAAGAAUGAGAGGUUAAAACACUGACAAUUAAAGAUGGCGAUGCACAAGACAUUGACAGACAAUUUCCUGACUUGCAGCAUCUGCAUGGACGUCUUUGAUGACCCCUGUACACUUGUGUGUUAUCACACAUUUUGUCGGAAAUGUGUCGUUAGCUACACUGAAACCAGACCAGAAGCCAUCAGUGCCAAGUCUCUCCUCUGUCCAUUCUGUCGUAAGAUGACCAAAGUAGCCAACUCAAACAGGCCAGUUGAAGAGUGGGCACAGGAGGUGAAACCCAGCUUCUUGAUUCAGGGUCUCUUGGAUUCCUUCGCUUCCUGCAGUCAAGGAACAAAUAACUGCAACUUGUGUGAUGAUGACGGGGAGGCAACUCUGGCUACAUCUUGGUGUUCUGAUUGUGACGUCUCGCUGUGUGGUGGAUGUCUUAAGGCCCAUGUUCGUAAUCCUGCCUCCCGUCACCAUGACGUAUCUGACUUGUCAAGGGAUGUCAAGGUGAAGAAAAGACGCAAACCUAUGUGUAAAGAACAUCCAGAUCAAAGCAUGCAGUUCUACUGCAAGGACUGUGAGAAACUACAAUGUCAAUCGUGUUGCAUCUUGUAUCACAGAAAGUGUGAGUCCAUUGUCUCACUUGAAUCUGUGUUGCCUGAGAUGCAAAACACUCUUCAAUCUCUAAAACAGAAACUAGACUCUGAUUUAGCAACAUCAAACACUCGCCUUGCAAAGAAGGAAGCACAAUGUACUGAAAUUAACGAGAACAAGUCAAGCCUUCAGUCUCAGGUCCGAUCAGCAGCCCAGACCGCCAUUGAUUUGAUAAAGAAGAAGGAAAGACAACUCCUGGAACAAAUAGAUGAUGUCACAGGGAAACAAAUAGGACAGCUGAAAUGGGACAUGAAGCGUGAGGAGAUGGCCAGGCAGAUGAUUCGUCAACACUCGGAGUUGCUGGGCAGAGCUCUGGAGUCUGAGAGUGACAUGGACAUCUGUGAGAUGUAUCUGUGGAGUAAGUCGGAGGAGGCAGCCACUGUGUGUGUCCCGGAGUCAGCUAUGGAGGAUGUAUCUGGGGGCAAGGCUUGUUUCAUACACGAUCGUCAUCUGAUGUGUGGGAAACUAAACGAUCUACACUUGGGUGUGAUUGAUAUCAUUGUUCAAGAUGUUUUUGAUUCUCCAUCAACAGCAGUUCUGUAUGACACAGUGGACAUACAGGCAGAAGAUGAUGAGAAGAAACCCAUUGCUCUUGAAGUGGCAGUGUUUGUUGUCGACAACACAGACACCAUAGUUGUCACAGAUGAUGGCAACCAGUGUGUGAAAUCCUUCUACGAAAGAAACAAGAAGUCAUGUCAGAGUAAGCUGGGGGUACAAAGCGCUCCUCGACGCAUUGCAAAAUUAAACAACAAUAAAAUGGCUGUGACUCUCCCUGACACUAAGAAAAUAAUAAUAGUAGAAGUGAAGCCUGAGCUGGUUCUUCAAUCAUCCAUCUCUACAAGCAAGGGGUACUGCAGUCUGACAUCCCUGACACCCACAACCCUGGCAGCAGGAUUCGUGUUUCCUCCCUGUGUGGACAUCCUGGACAUGGCGGGGAAUGUGUUGAGGACCCUGGAUCCUGUCACAGAUGGAGAGAGACUUGUAUCAAAUCCUUGGUUCCUCAGUACCACCAGGCAGGGUAACAUCCUCGUGUCUUGCGGGGAAUACGGAGCUGGCAGUGUCCUCUGUCUGACUCCUCACGGAGAUGUUGUGUUCAGGUAUCAGCCUACACAGACGUGGAAUUUCCUUCAUGGAAUCACUGAAACCAACACAGGACAUAUCCUGGUUAUAGAUGAAAAUGCAAAAUGUGUGAUUCAACUCAGCGCUUUUGGGACGUUUGUGAGGGAAGUGUUGACGUCACGUGAUGGUAUUACAUCUCCGUAUAGUCUCUGCCUGUGUGAAAGUCAGCACCUGUAUGUCACCAAUGGUCACUGUGUGAAGAUCUACAGAUUUGCAAGAAACACCUAAGAUGUGGAAGCAUAACGAUUGUACCUGAUAGAAUCCGUCACCAUCUGAUUGACUAUUGUUUAUGUAAAUGUGAAUUUCCAAUACAAGAGAACAAUCAGUUUAGACUGUCCGCCGAAACAGAUUAAAAUUUGACGUAAAGUGCAAAAUAGUUAUGAAAUUUAUAUGGAUGGACCAGUGAUAUUGAGUGAUGACACCAGGUGUUCGC